ACACCUGCACCCAAUAUCGUUCACCAUGUCUCCUGCAUCGGUAUCGCCUUUCACCAAAGCACACACUUCAUAUGUCAAGUCUCUCUAUAGGAGAUACCUUAACAAUGAAUUAAACUGGGUCGUUCGACGGGAUCUCUGGCGACCAAGGGCACUUGCCAUCAGGGCAGAGUUCGAGAGAAACCGCAAUGUCCAUGAUCCUCGUGCGCUUGCAGCCAUUUUGGAGAAAGCUGAAGCAGACCUUGCUGAGAGGCAGCAUCCCGACCCUUACCGACCUGCCGAGGCUCCCGAUGGCACAAAAUGGGAGCGCAAUCUUCCGCCACCGAUUGGACCUUACUUCGACCACGAGGCGUACAUCGCGGCUCACUGAGUUUCACCUCCAUGUCACGUACCAAUCGCGCUUCCCACAAAUUCUACCACAGCCUUUUAUAUUCCAAUCCAAAUGCAUUGCAUGAAAUAUUGUGGACAACGU